UGACGAGAUCACGAACGCAGGUGCACAGGUUGAGAACUGCAUCCAAACCACACCAAAUAAAUCUCCUCUUACGAUGGCCUCAGCCAAUGAUGCUCGCUAUGGACAAAAAGAGUCUGCAGAUCAGAAUUUUGACUACAUGUUCAAGAUCCUGAUUAUUGGUAACAGCAGUGUCGGAAAAACCAGCUUCCUGUUCCGCUAUGCUGAUGACUCAUUCACACCUGCUUUUGUCAGCACUGUGGGCAUAGACUUCAAAGUGAAGACCAUCUAUAGGAAUGACAAGAGGAUAAAGCUCCAAAUAUGGGACACUGCUGGGCAGGAAAGGUACAGGACCAUCACCACAGCAUACUAUCGUGGCGCUAUGGGCUUCAUUCUUAUGUAUGACAUCACCAAUGAGGAUUCCUUUAAUGCUGUUCAGGACUGGUCCACGCAAAUUAAGACAUAUUCGUGGGACAAUGCUCAAGUGCUGCUGGUGGGAAAUAAGUGUGACAUGGAAGAUGAGAGGGUAGUUGCUUCAGAAAGAGGAAGACAGUUGUCCGAACAGCUAGGCUUUGAAUAUUUUGAGGCCAGUGCCAAGGACAACAUCAAUGUGAAGCAGACGUUUGAGCGACUGGUGGACAUCAUCUGUGAGAGGAUGUCCGAGGGCCUGGAGUCUGGCGAUCCUUCUGUCACUGGAAACAAACCGUGUCCUCAGCUCACGGAGCAGCCGCAGCGUUCCCACAAGGACUGUGCUUGCUAAGGGUUGCUCUCACCACCUUUACCAACAUUUCUCUGCAGACUGAACAAUGGACCACUCUAUAAAGGAAGGCUUUGGUAGGAAUCAACCUCAUAGAAGAGGUUAUGUGAUGUUGCUCAGAGCCUGUCCUCGGCACAUUUUUUUGUUUUGUUUGUCUUAUCUUAUCAUAUUAGUAUUGCAACCAGUGCUACUUUUAUCUCUUACUGAUUUGGCAGCAUAUUUAGAGCAGGCUAAAAGGCUUAAAGGGAUAGCUCACCCAAAUAUUUGAAUUCUCUCAUUAUUUACUCACCCUCAUGCCUUCCCAGAUAUGUAUGACUUUCUUCUGCUAAACACAAGUGAAGAUUUUUAGAAGAAUAUCUCAGCUCUGUACUGGGUCCAUACAAGUCAACAAGGUCCAAACUGUUAUGCUGCCUUUGUGUUUUUGAGAUUCAAUGUAAUCCAUAAGACUCCAGGUGUGGGUGAGAAACCAAUUAAUAUUUAAGUUAUUUUUUAUUAUAAAUGAUCCUCCCUGCCCAAUAGGGAGUGAUAUGCACGAAGAAUGUGAAUCGCCAAAAACAAAAGAAAGCGCUUAGGAGAGCUGUUUGAAAGUGGAAGUCUUGAGUAAAAAAAGACUUGAAUAUUGAUACACCCACAACUAUCAUAUUGUUCCUGAAGACACGGAUUUAACCACUGGAGUUUUAAGGAUUAAUUUUAUGCUGCCAUUAUGUGCUUUCUGGAGCUUCAAAGUUUUGGACCCUGUUGACUUGCAUUGAGUGGACCAACUGACAUAUUCUUCUAAAAAUCUUCAUUUGUGAGUUGAGCCAGAAAAAAAGUCAUACACAAAUUGGCUGGCAUUAGUGUGAGUAAAUGGUAUGAAAAUUUUCAUUUUGGGGUGAAUCAUCCCUUUAAAUGCCAUAAUUGGACAGAAGUAUAUUCUGGAUAAUGCAAUGAAUAUUAGAGUCACUUGUUAUUGUUGCACUGUAUCUUCUAAAAUAAUCUCUAAAAGUUGUUAAACAUUCAGAAGCAUUUUUUAUGUAGAUUUUGAGUUUGAUAGAGGCCAAAUUUACACGAACAUCCUCAUUGCCAAGAUAUAUUUUAUUCUUGUCUAAAUCAAUAUAUAAAGCUAUCCUCAUAAAUCGUCUCUAUUAUUGGUGUUCAAGGAUAGAAAUCUGAAGUCUGAAAGUAAAACCUGAUUGCACAAUAAUAAAUAUUUUCCCUAUUACUUUCAAUGAACAGCAGCUGUAUUUUCUAAAAUAUAUGAGAUAAGGACAGUAAAAGUAUAUGUUAUAUGUGGUAAAAGAUGUAAUUAUGAAGAAUUUAUAUAUGUAUGGUUAAUUGCUUAUCGUUUUUGAAAUAUGAAGAAAUUUAUAAAUGUAAGUGGUAUUUCAGGAUUUCAGUGCUUCUUGAGUGAUGCAUUGUCUGCUUUUACUCUACUGGUGGACUCUGAUUUUACUGUUAAGUAAAUGUGCGAAAUGUGUGCUUGUCUGUGUGCAUGUUCGUAUGUCAUCCUAGUAUAGAUUUUUGUUUUUGUUUUACAAGGAUAGAUGAUGAUUGCUGUUAUUCUCCAUGUUGAAAACAUAAUCAAAGCUUUAAUGAAGAGAAACUUGAUCAAAGAGUAGCAGCAGGGGUUUGGGGAAAGAUUUUAAUUAACUAAGACUGAUAUUAAAAUUGUAAUAUUAAAACAAAUUCAUUGUUAUUCUUAUUUUUUUAUUUAGGUGCUCAUUUUGGUUUAGGAAUGCUUUUACACUACAAAUGCUAAAGGCUGGAUAUGCACCACUGGUGGAUCACUUGUAUCCAUUAAAUUGAAUCACUAAAGUAUUGAAUUGAGUUAGUGCACACAAUAAUAUUACUGUAUGUUAAUGCUUUAUUUAUUGCUUAUUUAUUUACAUACAUUUUUUUAAUCGGUGUAUUGUGUUUUGUAUUAAAGCAUUUGAGGACCGUUUUUGAGUGUCAACUACUGCUGUACUUUAACCUAGGUGAUUCUUGUAGAAUAAGUCAGGACCCCUUAAAUGUGUCACUUUUUUAACCAGUAACGCAAAGGGGGACAAAUUUGAAUUGUCUGUAGAAAUAGCACGUACUAGAUUCCCUUAUGCAAUUCAGAAACUUUGCUAUACCAAAUAGUCACUGGAUAUGCAGGGACACUUUGUGUUAUGCAGAUGUUUAAUUGAUGAGUUCAUGAAAUGUAUACCUUUCAUCUACAUCCUGUUUACAAUCGAUCUUAAACAUAUAACAGCAAACUCCUUGGGAUAUACUUUUUAUACAGAGAAAUCAACAUUUUAGUCAGCUUUAUCCCUAGAGAAGUCACUGUUCAAAUUUGAAGCCAUAAAACUAAGCUUGGUUUUAAGACUCUUUUUGUAGUGGGUCUGGCAGUUUGAGUUGUUCUUUGGUAAAUGAAUUGUUCACAUUGGAGUGUGUACAAUCAAAUUUCCACACCUUGCCCUUUGACAUUUUCCCAUAUCUCACGAAAAAAAAAUGACAAAUAUGUUUUAAGUAAUAUACAUGAAAUGCUUUUUUCCACCCUGAAAUAGAAUGGUUAGACUAAACUACUGUAUUGGCAACUGACUGUAAUCUAUAAACAGGACACUCAAUGUUAUGAGUUUUAUUCAGAAAUGGCCACAUGCCAUGAACUA